AUGUCAACGACAGACGCCCCCGCCAAGCCGGUACUUUUCAAGAAGGGCCCGCGAUCACGACCGAACCAGUCGCGCCGGAAACGCUCCGCGACGCCACCAGAUGAGGACGCCAGUGGCGAGACCUCCGUCGUGCGACCGAACAAGACGUCGAUCGCGAACCCGCUCGUGCAAGGGACGAAGCGGCGGCGAGACGAUGCCGCAGCAGCCGGGGGUCUCGACGAGUUCGAAUACAAGGCCGACGAGGGCGGGAUCAAGGGCGACGACUUUGCGACGCGGUCGACGAACUGGGACAUUGAGGGUCUGGAGCCGCACGAGGUCAAGGACAAGCGCAUCAAGGUCAACGAGGACGGGGAGAUCACGGUCGACGACGGGCUCUACCACGGUAAAUCGGGCUACUUGCCCACGAUCAACAAGCCAAAGGACGCGCGCGACGACCCGCGCUCCCUCAAGGGCCCGAUGCGGGCGACCGCCAACAUCCGCACGAUCACGCUGGUCGACUACCAGCCGGACGUGUGCAAGCCGUACAAAGAGACGGGCUUCUGCGGCUACGGCGACAGCUGCAAGUUUUUGCACGACCGCGGCGACUAUCUCGCCGGCUGGCAGCUGGACCAGCAGUUUGCCGAGGACGGCGCGCCCAUCGAGCCCGAGAGCGAGGACGAGGAGAUGCUCCCCUUUGCGUGCCUCAUCUGCAAGAAGGAAUUCGACGAGCCCGUCGUGACCAAGUGCGGGCACUACUUUUGCAUGAAGUGCGCCGUGAACCGGUUCAUCAAGAGCCCCAAAUGCUAUGCUUGCGGCGCGGCCACGAACGGGAUCUUCAACAAGGCCGAGAAGCUGCUCGCCAAACUUGAGGCGAAGCAGAAGCGCAAGCGCGAGGCCAAGGGGAUCAAGAGCGACGACGAGGACGAGGGGGGCAUCGAGAUUGGCGGGGCCUCGGACGAGGACGCCGAGGGCAACGAGAGCGAGUAG